AUGGGGCCAUCAGGAGUCCCGCCUCCGUCGAUCCCUAUGACGUCGACUACUACUCUGAAUGGCGUACAACAACCGAGGAAACGAGCUCGACCCUCUCAGCGCGCAGUGACCAUGUUGGACGAGAACGGGCAGCCUGUGAAUGCUACAGCUCUUCUCGCUGAUAUAAAGAAAGAGAAGGCGGAGAAAGCAGCACUGGAGGAGAAGAACGCAGGACUGCGGAAGCGAGUGCAACGCAUGCUGAUAGAGAAUGAUGAAGUGCGCGUAAAGGCAAAAAACGAGGUGGUAGCGGCACAGGAGAAGGCACAGCGCGAAAUUGCCGAAGCUCAAAAUCAACUGGCAGUUGCACGAGCUAAGUUGCGCCUUCAGGAACGUGGGCCGGAUGCACAGGUGGAGAGUCUAAAGAAAGGUGAGGCGGAUCGGACGGCGCUACUUACUACGCGUUACCGCGGGGAAUGUCGAAUCGCUGCCGCUGACGCGCAACGCGUGCUGGAUUCGGUGGUUGGAAUGUUCCGAACGAAGCUUCGACAAGUUGGUCGGAUGAGUCGCGACAGUGCAGACAAAUCGCAGCUGGAAGUGGCGAGUGACGGAGUGCGGCGUCUCGCCUUCAUGAAGCUUUUCGGAUUGGCACACGACUUCGCAUUCUACAUGUCAGCGGCAUUUCACUCGCAAGAGCCCGUGCGGCACACGAUCGAGCAAGAGCAAUUCACUGAGUUGUUUGGCAAUUCUCUCUGUCAUGAAGAGCGCGCGGGCUUGUUCUACGUAGCCACAGCUCCCAUGCUCGUCGUGUUCGAUCCUAAUGCAGACAACGUAGUGUUAAAGUGCGAGUGGGCCGAGCAAAACGCGCUACGUGAUCUUGCACGUACUAUUCGCUUCUGA